ACAACGUCUACAUGAGCCCGACAAAGCAGCAAUCACGCCGAACAUAAUUAUACUGCAGAAUAACGAACGAAGCUAAGACGAUAUGCCGCCUAUUGACACGCGUGCGGGGUGGCCGGUGCCGACGACGGCCAGCGUUGAAACAACACCCACAGCCACACUCACAGCCACACCAGCGCCGUGUACGUAUGUGUUUCACAAUGACCAACAGCUGCUGCGACAACAACAACAGCAACAGCUACAGGUGGACACGAGCAGCCUCGCGGAGCAGCUGUUUAAUGACACGCUCUUGUUGCUGGACAACAGCGACGAUAUCAAUGCGACGAAUUUCACUUUCGAUCCGCUUAACAACAACAACAGCAGCAGCAACAUCACACUGUACGAUUUGGAUGAGAGCAGUGGGAUACUGUACUUCUUGGCGCAGCUCACCAUUACGACGCACUAUUAUUAUGUGCCGGCUUUGGUAAUUGCCGGCACUAUCGGCAACAUACUGUCGGUCUUUGUGUUCUCCACGACAAAAUUGCGCAAACUGUCGUCGAGCAUCUAUUUGGCGGCGUUGGCCAUAAGCGAUACGUGUUUUUUGUGGGGUCUCGCCGUACAGUGGAUGAAUUUCCUCGAUGUUGAUGUGUAUAAUCGUGAUUUCUUCUGUCAGUUCUUUACGUUCUUGAGCAAUUGGGCUUGCUUUUGUUCCGCCUGGUUUGUGGUGGCGUUCACCGUUGAACGCUUUAUCGCCGUGGCGUUCCCACUGAAGCGACAGACAAUGUGUACAGUGCAUCGCGCCAAGUACGUCAUCGGCGCGCUAUCAGCAUUGGGCAUAUUUCAUUGUGUGCCGUUUUAUUUUUCGUCGGCGCCCAUUUACUCGCAGAAAAUGAAGGCGUUCUUAUGUGAUGUGCAUUCGGAAAUGAAGAACUUUAUGGCUUAUAUGAACUUCUACGACACGGUGGUGGUUUUCGUGCUGCCGUUCGCUUCGAUAGUUAUUUUGAACGCCAUAACCAGCUACCGGGUUUGGAAAUUCGCCAAUGUGCGACGCUCAUUGACUAUGCACAAGAGAAAGGUGUCUAAAGACUCGCUGAUGUCUUCAACAUAUCUAACGGCUUCAUUGAAAAACCAAAAUAAUUCCACAAUAAGGACGGAAAUAGAGCUACCGGUGUGCAAACGAAAAACAGAGAAACAGAAAGACAGAACGUCAUCGCAAUUGAAGGUAACCAAGAUGCUGUUAAUUGUCUCCUCCGUUUUUGUGGGCCUCAACUUGCCCAGCUGUCUGAUGCGCAUAGAAACGUACUGGGAGACGCAGACUUCCAGCAACAAGAACGUCACAAUAAUCUGGCAGUAUGUUUUUCAACUGCUUUUCAUCACGAAUUAUGGCAUAAAUUUUAUACUUUAUUGUGUUAGUGGUCAAAAUUUUCGGUGAGUAAAUAGAUACACAUGGCGCUAAUAGAUAUAUAUAAUUCAUGACCUUUGUUAUACACCUACAUACAUAUAUGUACGCAUGUGACAAAAGAUCAAAAGGACGUGGCUGUGAUUAUGUAAAUUAAGGCAUUUCAUUAAAGCAGCGUACAGGAUCAUAAAUUUUAUUGCGUGCCUUGAAAGAAAACUACUUUUGUAGUGGUGUGUAAUUGCUUAGAGCGAUAGCUGUCAAACCGACUGUCAAAAUAAGCACAUGUUUUUGACAUUUACGUACAGAAACAGACACAGGAAA